GCCUUGGUCCCACUGAGAUGCUUCAAAGCUUUAUUAAGAAUGUCUGGGUUCCCAUGAAAUCCUACUAUACCCAGGUUUACCAGGAAAUUUGGGUAGGAAUGGGGUUGAUGACCUUCAUCCUUUAUAAAAUCAGGAGUGCUGAUAAAAGAAGUAAAGCUUUGAAAGGCUCAAGUUCUGCACCUGCCCAUGGUCAUCACUGA